CCCGAUGCGGAAUACUGCGCCUGUCCACGACGGCGACGUUUAUUUAGACCUGAAAGACUCACCAUAGAACGAUUUUUGUCACAGCUACAAACAAAAUACGCAGCAGCCCCAACAAAUACAGCCGGUAUUGGUGAUCGCUUGGAGAAUACUACUUCAGCUGAUUAA